AUGGAAUUAAUGAAUAGGGAUUUGUCAAUGCUGACUAAAAAUUUUGCGGCGAAGUCGACAUCUGUUUUUAAACAAGAUCCGAAGUUGGUAGCGGCUAUUGACAAACUAUACAGUAAAAACGAGGUGAAAAAUUUGAAUAGUAAAAUAUUGCUUCCAGAGAGAAAAUUGAAUUUCUUAGAAGUUCAAGAAAUUUUGUAUCAUUCUACAAAAGGCAAAGAACAAGGUGCGAGUACCUUUCUCCAAGAGAAAAAUAAGAUAAGAAAAUCAUUGAUUAAGAAUGUAGAAGACGUUCUUCGAAAAAUUAAUAAUUCUGCUGAAAAUGGCGACACCCCAAUAGAGCUCUUCUAUCAAAAUGUCACAAGAUUUCGUAACCAGUCUAACUUAGAUGAGGCAGUAAGAGAUGUAUGCUGCCUUUUACAAACACCCCCUUGGAAUCUAGGAAUAAUCGCAACAGCCAAAGGAUUAAUUGCUGGCUCAAUUAAAUUACACAUGAAAGAUGGUUCCUGUAUCGACUGCUUCGGCGCUGGAGGAACCCUCAUACCGCAAGAUGUUGAAGGCAUUAAAGAAUUUCGUUCAACUGCAAAAUAUAUUUUAGUCGUGGAAAAAGAUGCUGUCUUUCAGAAGUUGUUAGACGAAGGGGCGUUAGUGAGACUGGGACCUCUGAUAAUUCUAACCGCUCAAUCUCACCUUUCACAAUCGUUGGCUUGUAGUUCUCUGCAAUUAUUGGGAGCUAGGCACGGUGACGUCAUGACCCUUGCAACUAAAGAGUCACGUCUGGCUCUUACAUCUCGCGACAAGAGGAAAAUAGUCAAUUUAAUGAAGAGGCCCUAUCUCAAUACGGCUACGGGUUCUAUCAUAAGAAAAGACCUGGAAGACAUGUUGAAGAGUGGAGUAAAAGCUGAGAUCGAGGCGUUGUCCCCUACAGCCGCGGCUCUCUGCGAUUCUUAUCUACCCUCCAAAAUUAUUCAAGCCGACUACUUGGGAUAA